AUGGGGAGUCUUCCGUGGACCCAGGCACCUGGGAUCAGGCCACCCCUGGAGAAGCUCUGGACUCCUGCCCCACCCCUCCUCUUCUCCCUGAGCACCCGAUACAUCAAUCCGAGGGCGCGUACCGCCUCGGUGCCCCGCAGAGCCGAGGUCCCUGGUGUCUGCUGCACUGUGAUUCUCACAGGGAUCGGUGCGGAUGAGCAGCUGGCAGGUUACUCCCUUCAUCGUGUCUGCUUUCAGUCUCUUGGUCUAGAAGGAUUGAAUGAGGAAAUAGCAAUGGAACUGGUUCGCAUUUCUUCCAGAAACCUUGGUUGUGAUGACAGAGAUAUUGGUGACCAUGGAAAGGAAGCUAGGUUUCCUUUUCUGGAUGAGAAUGUUGUGUCUUUCUUAAAUUCCCUGCCGGUUUGGAAAAAGGUAGACCUGACUUUGCCCCAUGGGGUUGGUGAGAAGCCCAUUCUAUGCCUUGCAGCUGUUGAACUUGGUCUCACGGCCUCUGCCCUUCUGCCGAAGCAGGCCAUGCAGUUUGGAUCUAGAACUGAAAAACUGGAGAAAAUUAACAAGAUGGCAUCUGAUAAAUGUGGAAGGCUCCAAAUCCUACCUUAG